AAAUGUUAUUUCCUACUUUUGCACACCAAGCUUUAUCUACUGAUUUUCACAGCAAGGUCUAUGAGAAGGUUAAAACUUUUGUGCCUUCUGGAGAAUACUGUCUAUUGGGAUUCUUAUUUAGGUGUGGCUUGGACUAGAUGGCUUCUGAAAUACUGUGAUUCAUCCACCUCCUGAGGAACAUUGUUGGAAGGUUCUGCUAUCUCUACUUCAUGUAAUUCUAAAGGGAAAGUGAAAUUCUCCACCCACAUCAAAAAAUAAGGAACACUCCACUUUACUUCUGAUCUCAGUAGUCUUUCUGGAGUACCCCAAAGCCAAGGAAGAAUGCCAUCACAAGGGGAAAGGCAAAGAAGGCAUCUCCAUGGACAGACCAAAAUGGACGAGUCAACCACCUUACCAUUCUACUAUGAUUACAAAGCUCCCUGCCAAAACUUUGACGUGAAACAGACAGCAUCAUGGCUUCUCCCCCCACUCUACUCCCUGGUGUUCAUUUUUGGCUUUGUGGGCAAUGCCCUAGUUUUUCUCAUCUUGAUAAGAUGUAAAAAGCUGAAAAGCAUGACUGACAUCUAUCUGCUCAAUCUGGCCAUCUCUGAUUUACUUUUCAUUGUCACCCUCCCAUUUUGGGCUCACUAUGCUGCAGACCAGUGGAUCUUCGGGGAUGUCCUAUGUAAGGUGCUGACAGGAUUCUAUCACAUGGGUUUCUUUGGAGGCGUCUUCUUCAUCAUCCUCCUGACCAUCGAUCGGUACCUGGCCAUUGUCCAUGCCGUGUUUGCUCUGAAAGCUAGGACUGUCACCUUUGGCAUUUUGACAAGUGUCAUCACCUGGGUGGUGGCUGGGUUUGCCUCUCUCCCGGCAAUCAUCUUCACCAAAUCUCAAAAGGAAGGCAUGCAACACACCUGCAGUCCUCAUUUCCCAUCAGAUCAGUCCACUGUCUGGAAGAACUUCCAAACUCUAAAGAUGAAUAUUUUGGGGUUAGUGUUACCCCUCUUUAUUAUGAUCAUCUGCUACUCGGGAAUCAUAAAAACAUUGCUGAGGUGUCGGAACGAGAAGAAGAAACAUAAGGCAGUGAGGUUAAUCUUUGUGAUUAUGAUCGUUUACUUUCUCUUCUGGGCCCCCUAUAAUAUUGUGCUUCUCUUGAGCACAUUCCAAGUUUUCUUUGGUCUAGAUAAUUGUGAUAGCUCCAAGAACCUUGGUCGAGCUAUGCAAUUGACAGAGACACUUGGAAUGACUCACUGCUGUAUCAACCCAGUGAUUUAUGCCUUUGUUGGGGAAAAGUUUAGACGAUACCUCUCUACUUUCUUCCGCAAAUACAUUGUCCGGCGUUUCUGCAAACACUGCCCCAUUUUCCAUGGGGAGACACUUGACCGAGUGAGCUCAACAUACACUCCAUCUACUGGGGAGCAAGAAGUCUCUGCUGGUUUGUAAAAAAGAUUGUUUUCUUUUCAUUAAAAAAUGGCCUAGGGCGGGGGGGAAGGAUGUGUCCUACAAGUCUUGACAGGAACUGAAAAUCUUGGAGAUUCAAGAACAGAGAUCCCUAAAAGGCAAGGAAACACAAGAAUAUUCAGACUCCAGGUACAGAACUGAACUUAAUAUUUCCACUUUUCAAUAAAUACAUCAUCACAUAGCA